AAAUACAUUGCUGUAGACAUGAGUUUCACAUUAGAUCAUAAUGACAUUGAUCAAACAAAUGAUGACACAGAUUCUCUAUAUAUAGUAAUUUCUGAUGAACCAUUGCACCAAUCACAACCAGCGCAGCUUCUAACAAAGGAUAAACUCACACCACCUUAUACCUUAUCAAGUUGAAAGUGUAAGAAAGAAAAGCAAGCUGAAGUAAAG